AUGUCCAAGGCGAAGAGCAAGAACCAGAAGCAGAGAGUUGGCAAGUCUCUUGAUGAUACGAUUACGAAGCCACGUCGUACCGUAGCAGAUCUUCGCGAGGAUUGGCUGCUGUGGUACAAGAUCUGUGUCUUGGUCUACGACCUCCACAACAUGGCGAAAGACAAGACCUGCGAGCGACGACUGUUGCAGACGACCGACGAGCUAUACAUCAGCGCGCCAUAUUUCACCGAUGAGGAAGCUGUUGCGAUCAAAGCUGCGCAUGUGGAUUCCAGCGGGACUUCUCUCGAGGAUGCCCUCACCACAAAUCUGCAGACCUUCUUCGACAAGCGGCGGGCGAGCGGCGACUGUCGGCCUUGUGGUCCUCAUGACAUGGUGCCGGUAUAUCUGUCGAGCUUUGGGAUGGAGAAGAUGGAGGUUGAGGAUGAGAAGUCCGUGGCGCGGGUGCGACGAUCUGGGCUGAGGGCUGGAUGA